GUUGACUCUCCGUUCUAGUUUACGCUAGGAUACCUUAAGCGCUUCCUUUUAUUGUAUCAUUCCGCUAGAGGAAGGAGAGAAAAUAGUCCCUGGCUUCCGCCCUCUUGCUACGUGUAAGUGGUCCGGGGGGCAAAAAGCUGUCCAAGGGUGAGUGAGGGAAGACGGACUGAUUAGCAGAAAUAAGUGGGACAGACAAGGGGCAGAAGAAGGAACAGAGGGCAAAUGUUAUAUUGGGCACUGGAACUUGUUACAGUUGCUGUUUCUCAGAGCAGAAGAUAGACAUCUGCACCCCUUUCCUCCCCCAAAUAUCCCCCAUCCAGUAGGGGGGCACAGGACAGAUCCCCCUCCCCCAAAACAGAAAAAAAAAAUCACCCCCUGGUCUGUUUUCUCACUCACUGUCGACUCUGGGAUAAUCUCUCCUGCUCAAACCUGCUUCUACUACUAGGGGGAUUGAACUAUUCAAUCCCCAGCUCCAUGCAAGCUUCCUGGAUGUUGACUUUGUAAAGAGGGCUGCUACUUGUAGAUCUGGGGGAGAAUGAACCAACAACAAAGAAUGACAGCUGUGGGCACUGACAAGGAAUUAAGUGAUUUACUGGAUUUCAGUAUGAUGUUCCCUCUGCCCGUGGCUAAUGGAAAGACCAGGCCAACUACAUUGGCUAGCACACAGUUUGGAGGACAAGCGCAUCAGAUUAAUGCAAAACCUAUCAGUCCACAUUUGGGCCUUGAAGAGAGGACAGGCUCUGGGUCCUGGGGAACUGGGGAUCAUAAUGGAUCAUCGUUUGACCAAGGAAGGGGGUAUCCGGACAACUCACACUAUGGGGAUCACAGGGAUCUUCCAUCACAUGAAGGGAAUUUAUCUUCUGCGCCGUUCCUUGCUUCUGGACUUGUGGGAAAAAAUAAUGACAGGACACCAUAUUCCAGCUUUGGUAGAGAGCCAGGAAUGCCAGCAAUCAAUCAGCCUGGAUUUCUGCCUGGUGAAAUGGGAAUGAACAGUCCUAGUGCAUUAUCCCCCAGCACAGGGAAAGGGAGUUCUCAGUAUUACUCGUACCCCAAUAACUCUCGGCGACGGCCAGUCGAUGGUAAUGUAGAUCCACAGCCUAAAAAAGUGCGAAAGGUGCCCCCAGGACUUCCAUCCUCGGUAUAUCCCACAAACUCAGGUGAAGAAUACAAUGGGGACCGAGGCAGUUACACAUCGUCCAAACCCACCAACUCCAUUUACCCUGGGACAGCAUUUUACAUGGGAGAUGGGCUUCAUGGCUCCUCUGACAUUUGGGCUUCCUCGGGUAGUAUUGGGCAAGGAGGCUAUGGGACUAUUCUGGGUGGCUCUCAGCCCCCUCUUUCUCAGCCAUCAGGUUUCAGUGGCCUGCACCAUCCUGAGCGAAUGGGUUUUCAAAUGCAUUCCGGGGAGGUUAACCCUGCGGUAACCUCCAGCUUCUCUUCAGCGCCUUCACAGUAUGGGGUCUCGAGUCACACGCCUCCAAUCAGCACUGGCGACUCCAUGAUUGGGAACAGAGGAACCGCCACUGGGAGCUCAGGAGAUGCACUUGGAAAAGCACUUGCUUCGAUUUAUUCCCCAGAUCAUUCCAGCACAAACUUCUCCUCCAGCCCCUCUACACCAGUUGGGUCCCCACAGGGCAUUACAGGAUCAGGCCAAUGGCCCAGAGCAAGUGGCCCUGGAGCAUUGUCCCCCAGUUACGAGGGAGCGCUGCACACGUUACAGAAUAAAAUGGAGGAUCGUUUGGAUGAGGCCAUCCAUGUGUUAAGAAGCCAUGCUGUUGGGCAAACGGGCUCCAUGGCCGGCGGCCAUGAAGACUUACAUACACUUCUAGGCUCAGCUGCUAGUGUGCUUGGGGCUGGCUUUCCUGCAGCAGUCCUCUCUCUAGCAAACCGGCACGCUUUGGUGGGUUCUCAUGCUGAGGAUGGCUUACCCACCGCUCCCAACAUGCUACAUAACCAGGUUUCAUUAAAUUCACAGCCCGGCUCAUUGUCUGACCUCACACGGCCUCAGGACUCAUACAGCGGACUCCCAGGUCUGGGCAGAGUGGGGGGUCCGCCAGGAGCCGUCCCAGAUAUAAAACGGGAGAAUAAAGAAGAUGAAGAGAACAGGUCGGUUGGAGAUAUGUCAGAUGACGAUAAGAAGGAUUCCAAACCGAGAAGCCGGACACGCUGCUCAAUCAACAGUCAAGAUGAUGAUGAUGACGACGAGGAAGAUGAUAACCUUCCCCCAGAGCAAAAAGCAGAGCGUGAGAAGGAGAGGCGAGUGGCCAACAACGCCCGGGAGCGACUCCGUGUCAGAGACAUCAAUGAAGCAUUUAAAGAGCUGGGACGAAUGUGCCAGCUACACCUGAACAGUGAGAAACCACAGACAAAGCUCCUGAUACUACACCAGGCAGUCAACGUAAUACUAAGCCUGGAGCAGCAAGUACGAGAACGUAACUUGAACCCCAAGGCAGCCUGUCUAAAGAGACGUGAAGAGGAAAAAGUGUCGGGAGUGGACCCCCAGAUGGGACUAACUGGUGGGCAUCCAGGGCUUGGAGACUCUCACAAUUCAGUUGGACACAUGUAGGCUGUUUCAACAAGAGUGCUGGAAAAUUGUCCUUUGUUCUUCUGAGUAACUUUAAGACAUCUGGAUUUUUACAAACAUUUUUUCCUGCAUUUGGAAAAAUCUUCACAACAUGGACGUCUUUGUGGCCUUGACUAUGUUUUCCUGAGAUGUGGACUCUUGUGCUGGAAUUUUUCCAAAGGGAAACAAGGAAAAGGGGGAAAAGACAAAAUGAUAAAACAAAAAACUGACAUGUCGUCUUUGGACUUUGCUAAUGAGCGAAAGAAAAAAAAAAGACAUGAGAAAUUGCCUUAACUAUGAAAGAAACACAUCAAUUUAUUUAAAGAUGGUGGGUAUGACCCCCACCUAUAACUCUCUCUGCGGGAGUGAGGGUAACUUUAUCUGAUCUUGUGCCUACACUUCUAAAAAAAUAUGUAUUUUUUUUUUAAACAAUGUAAACAAAAGUUAGGCAUCAAAGAGAUUUUUUUUUAAAUGUAGAACAAAAUAGUUUUUUUUUUUUUUUUGUUUUUUUUUCAUGGUUUUAUUUCUCCUUCAAUUAUUUUAUUUUUAUUUUUUUGUAUAAAAAUACAGAACAAAAAAAAAUCUAAAAGAGGAAAAGGAUCCCUACCCUAUAUAUUUCACCUACUUUCUUCUUUUUUUUUUCUUCCUCUAACCUUAACGCCAUAAGUAACUUUAUAAGCCAUUUCCUCCUAGUUUCUGCCAUAUUAUUGAUCAAGGUGUUAAUUUCGUCUGAUUUCUGGAUUCUUCAUGUGACUUCUUGCUUGAGUAGUGCAACUCUUAGUAUAUAUUUUAGAUGCCAAGAGAAAUUCAUCAAAAAGCGUACGUUUGUUAUUACAAUCAUAAGGAGUUGAGGAGCUGUGGUGUGGUUGGUUCCUUUUGAGGUAUAACGCGGUAAUUUGUUAAUUUAAAGAAUAACUAGUACAUUUUAUUUUCCACAAUAUAUCUGGGUUGUGAAAAUAUUAACAUUUCAUAUUUCUAUGGCAGACCUAUCCAGUUUUAAGUCACUCUGUAAAUUUAACCCUAUGUGAUCCCAACCUCUAUUUUUUUUCCUUUUCUUUAUUCUGUUAACAUUGGUUUCAUAGGCAUUUUUCCUCUAUUUUUUGUAACAAAAAGAAGCCACACUGUAUUUUUUUUACUGAUAGAUAUAUAGAAAAAGUCAUUUGCAACGCUAAACUUGCCAAAAGGACCUGCAGAAGAGUGUAAACAUUGCAGGCCAUUUUGGCACAUAGUGUUCUCAGGACAGUAAUUUCAAACUCUCUCCUUUCUGCCAGAGGGUUUGUGUUAGCAUAGACAAAUGUAGCAUUAAUAUCUUAUGGGUUAAAAUCCCUUUAUUUUUGUAGAUACGAGGGAGGGGGUGGGAUUGGGGUUUUUUGGACGAAUUCUGGAAAACUGUCUUGAUUUAUGUUCAAUUUUUUUUUUUUUUUUUAAGAAAAUAUUCUUUUAUCUUUCCUGCAUUUUGAGUUACUAAAUUUUGUUUUGAAACCCCCUGAAGCAUUUUAAAACAUUUUUUUAAUGUAACAAAAUGACCAUGGUUACCUUUGUUCACCCAUCACAAACAUUUAGUAAUUGUUUUUUUUUUUUAUUAUUUUUUUUUUUUUUUGGCUCAGAUCUAUGUAAUCUCAUAAACAAAUUUUGUUAGUUGUAUUUCAUAUGAAACACUUGGAACUACUUUCUCAAAAUACCUUGUUGAUGUAGAGCUUAAAGCACCAUUUCAUUUUCAGAAUGCAUCCAUAAGCAUUUACAUCAUUUAUAAUUUUUAUAAUACAUUUCCUGGGGUGAUAGUUUAAUAAAAAGUGGAUUUUUUUUUUAUUUGCUUGAAACCUCCGUUUGAAAGAAAAGAUCUUCAACAUAUCCUACUGUUUCAGAUCACUGAGACAGAGAAUGAGAAGGCCUUAUUAUUCAGAAUAAAAUUACAACAAAAUAAAGUAUUUUAGAAUAAAGACAACUAUUUUCUUUUGAGAAGAAGCACAAACAGAAUGUGUUGUGUUUCUUGAGUGCCUCAGUUAUUUCUUUUAAUGUUUUUUUUUUUUUUUUUCUUUCUUUUUUUUUAUAUUUUAUACAAGUGUCAAAUCAGCUGGCUGGAUUAUUUGGAAUUUUUAAUAAUAAUAAAAAAAAAAUAAUCCUAACUUUUUAAAGUAGGUUUUGAAAACUGUCUUGUAUAUAUAACUGUGUUGUAGCAAUACAUGUAAGCUUUUAUAACUAUAUAACUUCUCAAAUCCCCAGUCUUUCAGAUGUUGUAUACCGAUGAAUGGAGACAAAAAAGGAAAGAAAAAAAAAAGUUGUAAUAAAGGUUUUACCUUGUACUUAAUACAAAACUGGUCUGCCAUGCACUAUCCAUUUGUAUUUUCUAGGACCAUGUCCUUGAGGAGUUUUUUGUCAUAAUAAAGUAUAAACAAGUUA